AAAUGCGCGCCUGCGCGGUAUUGUUUUGAAAACAGCAUGGCGCCAUUUGUGUUGUUGUCGUAACGUCUACCGCUGUCUUUAUGCUUCACUCUUUGAAAAAAAAAAUUUCACAGAGAAAAAACAAGCCCUUCUACUUGAGGUUAUUUGUAAGACCUGACGAUAAAACGUAUGUGCUGAUUCCUAGAUCGUCCUUUUAACGCGAGAUAACUGGUAGCUAGCUGGUUAAUGUUUCUAACUAAGAGUGACUCCAAGAAAUGGAGGAAUCAGCCAAUCGAUAUAAAAGGAGACCAAAGAGGAAGCUCUGCUAUAAGACCACCAUGCAGAGCGCACUGAAAGAUGAAUCGAGAGGCACGGUGUCCAAGGGACACGUCGACAGGAUGUUUGAUGACCUGGACUCUCCCUUUUGCGUACUCCCGUCACUUCUCCAACUCUCGGACUCGGAUAGUGAGGAAAUCCAGGCUGUGGGACGUGCUACACCACUGGAUGUAAAGGCAACAUCUGCAAAGUCUGCCAAAGAAGACCCAUUACAUCCUGUGAGAUGUACGCCUGUAUUAAGUCCUGAACUAAAUAUCGACCAUUCAGACGUUCCUUUCCAAGAACCUGUGAAUACUUCCAGCCCACUAGAGGUGAGCAGGGGUGGCAAUUUGGCACAGACAAAGACCAACAACAACGGCAAGAUGCUGUCACCGAUCGUCUCUGACUGUGAAGAAAAAAAAGAUGCGGCAACAAUUAAGCCGGCCACUGAUAACAAGUCAGCACAACAGGAGACAAGUGUGACCACUGCUGAGAAGGACCACCAGAGCGUUCCCAGAAAUUCCUCCACCAAAACCCCCAUUUGGGCAUUCCUGCAGAAGGUUCAAGACUCCAACCAGUCCAAAACCAUAGUGAAAUCCCUGACAACGGUCAAAGCGCCCACGCACCCUCCUGAUUUCGAAGACGAUUUCCUGAUUGUGGAUGACAACGUCCCUUUUUGCUUUUCCAUUGCCACUAAAUCGACUAAUAAGCAGAAUAAGAACAAAGAGUCCAUCAGUGGUGGCAAUGGCCGGGAGAUGGACGUGCCGAGUAAGAAGCUACUCAAAGAGCAGACAACCCUCCAGAAAACUCCAAAGAACACGAAAGAAAAAAAGAGCGAGGCCAAGCGUCGCAUGACUUUCAACAAAAACAAUCCACAGCGUUCGCGCAACAAGGCUGACGAUCAACCCAAAGCGGCGACCGGCAGACAACCAGACAACCAGAGCGUCACGCCUUCAUCCGAGUCUCCCAACGAACCGUUACAUCCAGCGACACGCUUGCCAAGUGCUGCUCUCGACAUCGACCAUUUAGACGUUCCUUUCCACGAACCUGUGAGGACUUCCAGCCCACUUGACGAGAGCGUGAGUCGGAAUUCGGCACAGACAAAGACCAAUAACAAAGACAAGAUGGUGUCACCGAUCGUCUCUGACUGUCAAGAAGAUGCGGCAACGAUUAAACCAGCCACUGAUAAGAAGACCCUGCCACCGGCUAAAGCGCCCACUCCCCCUCCUGAUUUAGGGGAUGAUUUCCUGACCGUGGAUGACGUGUCUUUUUGCGUUUCCAUUCCUACGAAAUCAACCAGUAAGCAGCUUAAGAGCAAAGAGUCCAGCAGUGACAAAGGCGGACUGACGGACAGCUGGCAGCGGAACGAGCCAUCAAAGAAGAAGUUGCUCAAAGAGCAGACGGCCCGGAAAAAAACUCCAAAGAACACGAGAGUAAAAAAGAACCAGCUAAAGCAUCGCAAUACCCCCAACAAAAAGAACCCACAGCGUCCGCGCAACAAGGCUGACAACCAAACCAAAGUGGCGGCCGGCAGCCUGACAGACGCCCAGAGCGUCAAGCCUUCAGUUGACCUGGCUUCUCCUUUCGAUUUCGACUUGGAGCAACCCGACACCGCUGAGGAUUCGGCAGCCCGAACAGUGGGCAAAAGGAAAAGAAACCCGCCUGGAGAGUGGUGGCUCGGCUGCCCUCAAACGGAGGCGCAACCUGAGGUGAGAGGCGAGGUGCACAGUGUCAAGAAGUCCAAAGCUAACCGCGGAGAACCGGUCAAUGAAGCGUCUGCGUUACCGGCCAAGCCCAAGAGAUUGCUCAAAAGCACAAUCAAGAAGGUUUCGAAAAGGUCCAAGAAGGUUCAGUCGAAGGCGAAAAGAGCCCUGUGGAAAAGAUCCAGUGAACCAAGCGGUGAUGGAGCAGAACAAACAGAAGCUUGGCAGCAACAGCAAUUCCCGGAUCGGGACUCUUCUCCUCAGCUUACCAGUCCCCUGGACUUCAUAGAACAGCCCCAGAACCACCAUUCAGAGCAUCAAGUAUUCCUUCGAAUGUACCAGAAAAAAGUGUCCGGCAAGCCCAUCCCGCCGAGCACCACGGGAUCUCUCGAGCAGCUGCCGGAGAAACGGCGAAGCAGACUGCCCGGUGAAUGGUGGAAGGUCACGGCCACGCCAGAGAACGCGGAGGCGGGGCUUCCGAGUCCCAAGAAGUCCAAACUUGGCGUGAAAGCCAAAGCCAAACAAAGCAGACCUUCGGCAAAAUCGCCUCGGCAGGCGGUCGUUUUGCCGCCCAGUCGAACGACGCGGGACGAAGAGCAGGCGGAGAGAGUGAACACCCCUGCCAAGGUUUUCUCCACCCGGCCCUUACCCAACGACGGAGGCGCCGCUCAGAGUCAUGAAGUCGUGGUGCGAGUCUACACUCCCGACUGCGCGACUGCCAACAGGCAGGGAACUUUCACUGUGGAAGGACGGCGGGACAACCUAGAGGACGGUUCCUGUCCUGAACAAGAAAUAUUACAAAGCGGACCGGUGUCCAUGAUUGAACUAGAAGCACACCAUGAUGCAGACCUUCCGUCGACCAGACGCCGCCUCGCCGAGCUGUCGGUUUGCGACAUGUGCGCUCCUCCUCUCAAGCCGUGCACCCUGCCGGCCAGGGACAGGAACGAUCUGAGCGAGUGGCUCCAACUUCUGUUCCCCACCACACUCACAGGAGAAAAUCAUAAAAACGCGGCCGUUUCCCCCGACCAGUUUGAUUGGUACUUCCACAAAAACGGCACCAUGGGCAUCGUGGAGGACUUGCAUUGUUGGAACUUCUCUCACGGGAAGAUGCUGCUGGGCUCCUUCAUGAAGAAACCUCUUUGGGUGGACCACAGCGCCACCGUGGUUUUUUUUCUGCUAACGAGCUCCGUCAGGGUCAACGUAGACUGUGUCGAGUCUUGUGUGCAUGCGGGCAAUUCCUUCAUGGUGCCUUGUGGCCACGCCUACAGCAUCCAAAACCUGGCGGAGCAGCCCGCAUUCCUCUGCUUUAACAGAAUGCUCACCGAGAGUCCCGACUGAACAUUGACCGGCCGCAUCCAGUUUAGGAUUCUUAAUCGCUAUUCGUCGAGCAGCAGUUUUGCCUAAUGUGUUUUUUUUCACUAUUUGGCAGAAAUAUGAAAUGAAUUUGUAUAAGUCCAUUUGUCAAUGAUUGUUUUGGAAGUAAUUUUCUUCCUUGUACAGUAUGUCUAAAUCGCCAACCUUUGAAGCUGCUCUACUGCGGCCAAUGUUGCCAGAUCAGAUCAGAAGAGGUUUCAUUAAAACAGCUAUUCAUUUCAAAAAGUA